UAGAUCACUGGGACGUAAAGACACAAACACGUAAACACGAGCUGUGCGUAAACUGUAGUUCUUAGCGCUGCGAGCUUCGUGGUUUUCCGUCAUACUUACGUAGGAAAGUAACGUAUUCGACCAAAACACGCACGUAUUUUCCCAGCGGACCGCGUCGUGUUAGUGUCGGUUCUUCUUAUUGUGCUUUUAAAAUACAGAGUUUAACAUCCACCUGCAGCUGGAAUUAAAGACCAUGGCAGUCGAGCUACAGCGCCCCCACGUGGCGGCGGCGGCCUGUCUCCUCGUCGUGCACUACCUGGCCGGGGUCCUCUCCAUCCCGGACCCCAGACAGAGGGAGGCCCUCAUCCAGCAGGAGGCCUCCAUGCAGACGGGUGGGCAGGUGGUGCUGAGCAACGCUGAGCAGCGUCUGGACACGCUGCUGUUUAAGAUGAAGCAGAGGGAGGUUCUGAGAGCGGACUUCCCCCCCGCCAUGCACUUCUUCAAGGCCAGAGCCCUCAUCAGGUCCAGUCCCAUCUUCAGCCUGCUGCAGAAGAUGCCUAAAGGGGGCGCUCUACACAUCCAUGACUUCUCCAUGGCUGAUCCAGAGUGGCUGGUGAAGAACGCGACCUAUCGGCCCCACUGCUACAUGUGCUUCACCGACAGCCACUCCGUCAGGUUCAUCUUCUCGUCUCAGUGGCCCAAACCUCUGCCGCGCUGCUCCCCCUGGAACCUGCUGGAAAACCUCAGGGCCAAGACCAGCAACACCACAGACCUGGACGACAGCAUCCUGCGUAACCUGACGCUCUUCUCGGAUCAGGAUCCAGAAAGUGUUUACCCCAGUCAGGAUGUGAUAUGGAACGUGUUUGAACAGUGCUUCUUUGCACUGUGGGGUCUGGUCACGUAUGCUCCCGUGUUCAGAGACUACUACUACCAAGGCCUGACUGAGUUCUACCUGGACAACGUCAUGUAUUUAGAACUACGGGCUUUACUCCCACAGAUAUAUGAACUGGACGGCAGCACUCACGACUCAGCCUGGACUCUGAAGACCUACCAGGACGUCACCAGACGGUUCACAGACGACCACCCAGACUUCUAUGGAGCGAGAAUCAUCAACACAAUCAGCAGGCAGGUGAAUAUAGCCACGAUGAAUGGAGCUGUGGAGACGGCCAUGAAGCUACAGAAAGACUUCCCAGACAUCAUGGCUGGUUUUGACCUGGUGGGCCGCGAGGACACAGGCCGACCGCUGUGGUACUACAGAGAGGCCUUAUCACUGCCGGCAGAGCGGGGGGUCACGCUCCCUUUCUUUUUCCACGCUGGAGAGACGGACCUCGAGGGCACGGAGGUCGACCAGAACCUGUUGGAUGCUCUUUUGUUCAACACGUCGCGCAUUGGCCACGGAUUUGCUCUGCCACGCCAUCCAGUGGCCAAAGAGAUAUCCAGGAAGAGAGGAGUGGCUCUGGAAGUUUGCCCCAUCUCCAACCAGGUGUUGAUGUUGGUGAAUGAUUUGCGAAACCAUCCAGCAGCUGCUCUGAUGUCGGAGAACCACCCGAUGGUCAUCAGUUCUGACGACCCGGCCAUGUUCGGCGCCUCCGGCCUCUCGUACGACUUCUACGAAGCUUUUGUGGGCUUCGGUGGGCUGAGCUCCCACUUGGGUUCCCUCAAACAGCUGGCCACUAACUCCAUUAGGUACAGUUCUUUGGCUCCAAAUCAACAGGAGAAACUUUUGGCUCUGUGGCAGAGGAAAUGGGAUAAGUUUGUCUCAGAAACUGCCUUUGAAGCAAGAAGACGUUAAUGUUUUUUUAAGCGUUUUUUUAUUCAGUCAAAUUACUUCAUGCAUCCUUUGGGAAAGGAAUGCCUCUUACCUCAGGUGGAUUACAAAUGGAAAUGAUCAAUGUGAACACAGCUGGUUUGUGUCAGGAACAAAAAUGACAAAUUUGACACAUUACAGUUGGAAAAGCACAAAUAAUAUAGGAUAGUAAAUGAUUUGGCCAGUGUGAAACAGGCUUGAGCUGUGUCCCGUGACCUGUACCACGUUUAUGUUUUGGGUUUAAUUCAGACUUUGCUUUUGUAUUUGCACUUUAAGAUUCAUGUUUCUGGUCGAGGUGCUAAUUACUGUUUGAUUUCUCUUUGUGGUUUGCUUGUGCUUUGUAACGCUGAGAAGCCCAGUUCCUCACUCGCCGACAAAGGCCCCCCCGAUCGCAGCUAAAUCGCCAUUGAAUCAGCAGUUGUGUCGUGUGAACUUUGAAUUAGAGUGUACUAGGUAGUUUGUUGAAAUGGGUGUUAAAUCCUGUGGGGCUCUGAACAUUAUUCUGUGAAGACAGUGUUGUUUUUUUUAUGGGCUUUUAAUCAACUUUAUUUGAUAGGCAGAGGGUUCAGUGGUGAAAGAGAGAGAGAAUGGGGGGGUAGAUGCUGGCCGCUGCAGAGGCGUGUGGCCUCAUGAGGCGGCAGCUCUACCAGGUGAGCUAUACACCGCCCCCACAGUAUUUCUUUACUUGAGUAGUAUCUAGUUUUUAUCAAUCAAUCAAAUUUUAUCGAAUGUGAAUUUUGUAGCUGUCAUGGGAAUAUGAAAGGGUCUUGGCUUAUGUGAAAUGCCUCAGUCCCUUCCCCCCAAGGUACGGUGAGCUCAAUGAGGAGUACAGGGCGGAGGAGUGUGGUGUUGUGUUCUCGUUGGUAACUGGAGCUGCCGGCUGUGAUCGACUCUCAUGUUCCACUCAUGGUCAGAGGAAAAGAGCCCCGGUCAUACUCUCGGCUCGGGUACUUCUCCACAUCGUCCGUCAUCUGCUGCAGGUGUUGAAUUUGAAGAAGCUUUCCAGGUCGCUUCCGCUUUCCAUGUCCGGUUUCCUUAGAAUGAGAGUUUAGAGACACAGUGAGACGAUACGCUGUGUGUGGAGUUUAAAGAAGAAGUGUUUUCUAAGUGUUACUGACUGUUGUCUCUGUAUUUCGGCCAGUUGGAAGUUGGAGCUCUCCACGUGUCGUCUCAUCUGCUUGCUCAGUUUCACCUGCUUCCUCUCUAAUAGCAGAGCCGAGCGAGCAGAGGCCAAGCGAACACGAUCGUGUUGCUCCUCCUCUCGCUUGUUCUCUAAUUCGAUCCUCUACAGACGCACAGUGAACAGACAUUAGACAGGUUCUUACAGAAUUGAAAUAAAUGAUCAAAAAGAG